AUUUGUUCCCGAGGUGACGUCAUUGGGCUGGGCUGAAAAACAUGAAACUAACGGAGCAAAAGCGAGAGCGAGAUCUGCUCCGCGCAUCCUCUGCCUCUGCGAAUUUACCAAAAUACGCAAAAUACGCAUCCACAGAUUCUUCCUAAUCCUUAGUCCACACUGGGAUUGUGGGCAUGGUGGAUCGUCAUCGGGCCUGACCCGUUAUAACUCAUGGAAAAACAGGAAGGAACAGGUGCCACUGGGAAACCCAGUGGGCUCAAACCUCCAAGUAAAAUAGCACGUCCAUCUGGGGUACCAACAAGGACACUCCCAUCCUCUGGUACACCAAAGUCCAUUCCCUCUGAGAAGUCCCCUGUUGGUGUAACAUCUCCAUCUCAAGAUGCCACUGUAGAUUUUCAGAUUGGAGAGAGGGUCUGGGUCAAUGGAAACAAACCCGGUUAUGUACGAUUUAUUGGAGGGGCACAAUUUGCCCCUGGUCAGUGGGCAGGUAUUGAGUUGGAUGAGCCAAUUGGGAAGAACAAUGGUUCUGUGGCGGAGGUUGUGUAUUUUAAGUGUGAAGAUGGUCGAGGAAUAUUUACUCGACCGUCAAAGUUAUCAAGGACCUCUCUCCCAGAAAAGGUGGCCAAUGGGGGUGAGGCCAGCCCAGCACAAGGCUCUGGAGGCUCUGCACCAAAUGAGCCUGCACCCUCUGCUGCUACCUCAACUGCUCAGGGAUCUGGCAUCAAAGCGACUAGUGCACUUGCACGAAAACUUGUAACCAGCGAAUCAGUUUCUAACCUGUCAGAUCCAGACUCCAUAAAGAAGAACAAACGAGAGUUGAGACUAGGAGACCGUGUGCUGGUGGGUGGGACAAAGGCCGGUGUAGUGAGGUUUCUUGGUGAGACAGACUUUGCCAAAGGAGAGUGGUGUGGAGUGGAACUUGAUGAACCUCUUGGCAAAAAUGAUGGGGCUGUGGCAGGAACAAGAUAUUUCCAGUGCAUGCCACGGUAUGGUCUGUUUGCCCCGGUCCACAAGGUAACACGUAUUGGAUUUCCCUGUACAACGCCUACAAAGACAAAGUGCUCACGCCGCAGGUCCGGUGUCAUGAGGAGUCCCAGUGCCUCCUCCAUCAGUUCUCUCAGCUCUGCCACUUCAUCAAUCAGCGGAAAGCCGAGCAGAGCAGGACUGUUGACAGAGACAUCAGCACGCUACGCACGCAAGAUUUCUGGUACCACAGCAUUGCAGGAAGCUCUGAAGGAGAAGCAGCAACACAUUGAGCAACUUUUAGCUGAGCGGGAUCUGGAAAGAUGUGAAGUUGCAAAGGCCACAAGCCAUGCAGGAGAGGUGCAGCAAGAACUGGUUCUGCUGAGGAAAUGUCGAGACCAGUAUGCCAUAGAUAUGGAGGCAAAACUGGAUCAACUGCGUUCACUAGUUGAAGCUGCAGAUCGAGAAAAAGUGGAACUGCUAAAUCAACUUGAAGAAGAGAAAAGGAAAGUUGAGGAUUUGCAAUUUCGUGUUGAAGAGGCAUGCAUUACCAAAGGAGACUUGGAGACGCAGACGAGGCUGGAGCAUGCCCACAUAAAGGAGCUAGAGCAGAGUCUGCUUUUUGAAAAGACCAAAGCUGAAAAACUCCAGAGGGAUUUAGAGGACGCUAGGGUGGCCACUGUGUCGGAGCGAUCACGCAUCAUGGAGCUGGAGCGAGAGGUGUCUGAUUUUCAGCUCCGGCUCAGAGUGGUCCAGCAACAGGAGGAUGCUGUGUCUCUCUCUCAGCAACAAAUCAGCAGCCUCAAAACACAGGUUCAAGCCCAGGAGAAAAAGAUCAGCGAACUGAGUGUGGAUCUGGAGAGCAAACAGAAGGAGCUUCAGUCUGCACUGCAAUAUAAGAUUUCACUUGAGCAGCAGUUAUCCAGCAUGAGAAAAGAGGCUGAGCUGCUUGCAGAGGAAAAUAGGAAAACAAUGCAAGAGUUAGAGCACAGUGUUAUUCAGACAAAUAAAAACUAUCAAUCUCUGAAAGAGGAAAGCCAGCACAGAGAGAGUGAGCUUAAGGUCCAGCUGACACAGGCAAAUGAGGAAACAGAAAAGCAUUCACUUUCUCUUGUGGAGCUUACUGUCGAGAAUAAGGCCCUGCAAACACAGCUUGAGGCUUUGAAACAGCAGAAUGCUAAAUACAAGGAGGAACUUUCAUUAUCAAGGGAGCGGAACAACUCUGAAAACCAGCACACUGGAGCACUCUGCAAGGAAAUUGAAGAGCUGAAUGUGGCUUCCCGCAGUCAGCUUUGUGAGGAACAUAACAGCCAAGAGUCGAGCAGAGAAACUGGUUUAACUGACAAAGACAGGGAACUAGAAUCCCUGAGAAAUGAGAUUGCAGUGCUGCGGGGGGAGAGUGCAGUGGCAAAGACUCUUCAGAGGGCAGUGGAGACACUGGAGAGGGAUAAAGCUGAGCUCCAGAGUCGGGUUCAAAGUUUAGAGCAAAGGCUCAAGGGAAAACAGGUCUCAAAUGAAGACCAGGACGACCCUGCAGGUGAUGCAGCUUUUCAGCAGCUUAGAGAAGAGAAGGAGUUUGCAGAGGGACAGAGUCAUCAGACACAGGAUAAGGAGGUGGACAUGUUUCUCUGCAGAAAUAAACCCCAUAAGCUGCUUCCAGACUCGAGCGCUAAGCCUGCGCUAAGAGGCAAAGAGGAGGAGGAUAAAGCAAUGUGA